AUGUCACAACUCCUAUUGAGGCGACGGAUUCUGUUAAUGGUGUUACUCUGUGCGGCUCCACUGCGAAGCGCACCUUUCGGCGGAGCAGCAGCCACAACUGGGGACCAGCAGACGACACUGAGCCGUGACCUCCGAAUUCCGGUGGGGUGGGAAAGCGAUUGGGAGUUGGAUCCAAACUGGGAGUCCAUAGAGAGCGGACAGCCGGCGCCGGCGACGUCACGCGCCUUCCACGAUGACCUUUACCCCGUCGACAACGGAAAUCCCAGAGAGCCGAAAUCCAGCAGCACGGAAAUGGACAAGCAAUUGUUUGGCAGCUAUUUCCCAGCACAUCCGGAAUUUUUGGGCCGCCAGUGGCAUCUGCAGCAGCUCAAGCAGCUGCAGGUGCAGCAGAAGUGGCAAUCUCCGCCAGCCAAGGCCAAAAGGACGGCCAUACAGUGGCCACCACCCGGUGAUUACGAUGAUGAGGAGCAGCAACCUUCGGCUGGGGAGCCGCGUUAUCCCUUCGCCUAUGCCGCCUACAGCUUGCCCUGGAAACGCAAGCACAUGACACCGUCACUCCGCUAUAUGCCAUCGAUCAGUGCUGGAGCCAUGACCAAUCUGGGUGACUUCUUCAACCGUCUGGAGGCGAAUGUUCGCUUUGCGGAGCAAUCCCAGCUGGGCGAAUCGGAGACUCGGCUACUGGAGGGCAAGCAUCCGCAUCCGUUCCAACACAUAACACCGAUGCCGCCCGCCGAUGGCCCCGACCCAGAUCCCGUCCAGCAGGAGGAGCAGGACCGUAAGACAUCCAAGCUGCUCCAUGCCCUGCGCAGCUACCGGCCCUCGCAAAAGAUCCGAUCUUUGGUCUCGCGCAACCCGCAAGGCUACCGCUCCCAGCUCAUUGAUCCCAGCUACAUGUGGCUGGGCCUGGGCAAAUGACCAAGAGUCCAGGGCCAAGCAUCCAUCCGCAAUGAGCUGCUACUACGGUAG